AUGUCAUUUGAAAAGUCAUAUGACACACAUACUGGAGAAAAACCAUACAGCUGCGAGCUUUGUGAAUUCAAAAGUGCUAGUUCAAGUUUUGAAAAGACACCACAUCAGAACCAUACUGGGGAAAAACCUUUCAGUUGCGAGUUUUGUGACUACAAAACUGCUCGUUCUUAUCUUUUGAAAGAACAUAUAACAACACAUACUGGAGAAAAACCUUACAUCUGUGACUUUUGCGACUACAAAAGUGCUAAGUCAGAUGGUUUGAAGAGACAUAUCAGAACACAUACUGGAGAAAAACCUUUUAGCUGUGAGUUAUGUGACUUCAAAAGUUCUCAGUUAUGUCAUUUGAAAAGUCAUAUGAGCACACAUACUGGAGAAAAACCAUUCAGCUGCGCGCUUUGUGACUUCAAAAGUGCUAGGUUAAGUAGUUUGAAAAGACACCACAUCAGAACACAUACUGGAGAAAAACCUUUCAGCAUGGAGUUUUGUGACCUCAAAAGUGCUACGUUAG